AUGGACGACUAUGUCAAGAACAUGUUGGAAGAUUUUCCUGUCAAGUUCAACAAGGAUUCAAAGCAGGAAACACCAGCUGGUAAUGAUUUACUGGAGGCUGGGAAAGGAAAGUUACUCAAUGCUGAGUACCGUCAAAUCUUUCAUACUACUGUUGCAAGGGAACUUUAUGUCUCUAAGAGAGCUCGUUUCGAUAUCCAUCCAACAAUUACUAUUCUUGCCUUGAGAGUUCAAGAACCUACAGAGUCUGAUUGGAAGAAGUGCGUUCGCAUGAUGCGAUAUUUGUUUUGUACAUCGUUGUAUCACCUGACACUUUCCGCAGAAUCAUUCCAAGUCAUGAAAUGGAUGAUCAAAGCAUCAUUUGUGGUGCAUCCAGAUUUCAAGAGCCAUACUGGCGGCACUCUGUCCUUUGCAGGAGGUGCAGCUCAAGUGAUGUCGAAGAAGCAAAAGCUAAACAGCAGAAGCGGAACUGAUUGCUGUUGA